CGAUGACUGUAGUGAACGCGCAUCGCGUGUUUGACGUCACUGAAGCGCCUUGGCUCUCCAGAGCCGCUGGUACUGCUGGUAAAAGAUGGGAAAAUAUGAUAGCUAUAUAACGAAUAACUAAGAGAAAAUGACCGUUUGUGCUCCUGAUUUAAAUUUUUCACACCAUUCUAUACAGACGCCGAAUUGACCUCUACAGGACAGACAAUAAGAUUGGUGACAUACGUUUGGAUCACUGGAAGGCAGCUUUAGUUGGAAGACAAAAUAUUACCGGUUGUUUCUUGUUGAAAUCUAAAGUCUACGAUUCAGUUACGAUUUUAACCAAACUAUUUAAGGAAACAUCAGUCAAGCUUUAGACCUUCCAUUCCAAGAGUUCCAUUCUUCUAUUUAGCAGAAGAUGUAUGGCAGUGCCCGCUCUGUUGGCAGGGGGGAGGCCAACCACAGCGGUGGAAGAGAUGGAGGAAGUAGCACUAACCAGGGAUCUGGCCGUUCACCUCGCCUUCCUCGCUCCCCACGAAUGGGCCACCGUCGCACCAACAGUACAGGUGGUAGUGGAGGGGGCCCUGGAGGUCCUGGAGGAAAGACCCUUUCCAUGGAGAACAUCCAGUCCCUCAAUGCGGCUUAUGCAACUUCAGGACCAAUGUACCUGAGUGACAAUGAGGUUGGCAUGACAGACCACAUCCCAAAGAGUGGUGGGACGAUGACGACUAUGGGGAGACAAAGGGUGACCUACGGCUCAAGGAGCAGCAACAGUGGAGGCGUGGCAGCCAGCACCCCCAACAUUGCCACCUCAGUGCCCACAAAUCCAUUGCUGCCUGGCGGGAUGAUAAGCGGCGAUGCACUUGCUUUUGGGGACCACCAUAUGUCCUCCACUGUGCCCCACUCUCUGAGACAGGCCAGGGAUAACACCAUACUGGACCUACAGGCCCAACUCAAGGAGGUAUUGCGUGAGAACGAACUGCUGCUGAGAGAGGUUGAAAUGAAGGAGAGCAAACUAAGCUCCUCCAUGAAUUCCAUCAAAACCUUCUGGAGCCCCGAGCUGAAGAAGGAACGAGCUCUGCGGAAAGAUGAGGUGUCCAAGAUCUCUGUGUGGAAGGAACAAUACCGCAUCAUUCAGGACGAAACACAGCAUCUCCAGAUGACUGUGCAGGCCCUCCAGGAUGAGCUCCGGGUCCAGAGGGAUCUCAACCAGCUGCUCCAGCAGGACCCAGCCCUCCAUGGCCGGGACCUGGCCCUGGUGGCGGAGCCCACCGAGGAGAACUACCGCCGGCUCCACACGGAGCACGAGCGGCAGGCCAAGGAGCUCUUCCUGCUGAGGAAGACCCUGGAGGAGAUGGAGCUGAGGAUCGACACCCAGAAGCAGACCAUGAGUGCCAGGGACGAGUCCAUCAAGAAGCUCCUUGAGAUGCUGCAGAGCAAAGGUCCAUCCGCCAAAGUCUCCGAGGAGGAUCAGGAGCGGACCAGGAGGCUGGCAGAUGCAGAGAUGCACAGACACCACCUAGAGAGUCUGCUGGAGCAGAGAGACCGAGAGGUCUGCGCUCUGAGGGAGGAGUUACACCGGCGCUACGAGGGGACCCCUGAGUCCACCAAGACCAAGGCCCUCCAGACAGUCAUCGACAUGAAGGUGAGAUCAGAGACCGUGUGGACCAGAGUGGAUCUUACGGGAUAUUAGGGCGGGUCAACAUACAACGGGAUGAGAUUUGAUCGAUCAUGUUUUGGUUUCAACUCCCUGCAUCGCUGUUAUUGGUAACAUUUUUAUCCUUAUUAGAUGAAGCCUCCGUAUACACAUAGCACACAUGAACUCAGAUUGCGGCUUGCAGUCUUUUCCUUCAGGG